AAAUGCUGCAUCCUCAUCAUCAUGCCUUGAUGUUGUUCAUCAUCCUCCUUUUCUCCUUCCUAAAUUAUUCACAAUCUUUAACCACUCAUGGUGAUGAUGAAAGGGGAAUUUUACUUAGCCUAAAACAACAGUAUUGGGGAAAUCCAUCUUCACUUGAGCAGUGGAACUCCACUUCCUCCCCAUGUGACUGGCCUUAUAUUUCAUGCAACUUCAAUCGAAGUGUCACUGGGAUAUCUCUCUCCCGAAUGAACAUCCGAGGAUCAUUCUCGGCCUCAACUAUUAUAUGUCAGCUCAACAACCUUAAUUCAAUCAAUUUCAGUUCCAAUAGUCUCUGGGGAACUAUACCAGCUAACCUCUCCAGCUGCUCAAAGCUUGAAACCUUGGAUCUAUCCACAAAUUAUUUGACAGGAAAAAUAGCAGGUGAGUUGUUUUCUUUGAAAAUGCUGCGCAGUUUAAAUCUUCAACACAACAUGUUUUCCGGUGAGAUAUCGACACCCAUGGUGGCUUAUAGCUUGGAGUCUCUUGAUCUUUCGUAUAACCUAUUGAAUGGAUCAAUACCAAAAGAUAUAGGAAACUUUUACAACCUUAGCUACUUAAAUUUGUCCAUGAAUUCUUUGAGUGGUCCAAUACCUGCUACAUUGUUGCAGUUGCAUCAACUGUCUUAUCUUUCACUUGCCUCUAACAAUUUGACUGGUGAAAUUCCUGCUAGAUUAUUUGACUUACUUAGUCUGAGUAGCAUAGAUCUUUCUCAUAAUCAUCUGAGUGGAAGUAUUCCAAGAGGCUUUGGAGAACUACAGCAAUUGCAGAAUAUUGAUGUAUCAUAUAACAAAUUUUCCGGAGACAUAUGCGAAACUGUUAGCCAUAUGUGGGAUGCGAGACUAACCCUUAGGAUCUGCAAGAACCACUUUUCUGGGAGAAUACCUUAUGAGCUAGUAAAGCUAAAAUUUGUGGAAAGAUGCUUUGAUGAUGUGAAUUUAUGUUCAGACCAACAGCUGUUUUCUGAACAAAUUGAUAUGGAACUCCCAAUAUGCCCUUCCCAACGCUUUUCAGAUUAUACAAUUCCACUGCACAUAAACUGCACAAGUUCCAAUGAGCUUAGUAAAUCAGAGAAAACCCAACCUUUGAAACCAAAUCAUACGAUGAUUGUAACUUGUGUCGUGAUUGCAGCGGCAGCAGUACUCAUCAUUGGGAUAGUAAUUCUGUUGCUUGCGUUCAGACAUGCAGGGGAAAGGAGAAAGCAAAAUGAUGGAGAAGAAUGGAGUAUAGUUCCAUUUCAAAGGUUGGAAUUUAACAAAUGGGAAAUUUUGGGUGGUUUGACAGAUGAAAAUUUGAUUGGAAAUGGAGGGUCAGGAAAAGUAUAUAGAGUGAUCACCAAGAAAGGCCAAAGAGUUGCUGUUAAAAGUAUAAGGCAUGAACAAAAGCAAGGGCAUGGAUUAAUGGAGAAACAAUUCCUAGCAGAGGUUAAGAUCCUCGGGAGAAUUUGGCACAACAACAUAGUGAAAUUGUUAUGCUGCAUCAGAGGAAAGACAACAAAGCUUGUUGUGUACGAAUACAUGGACAAACAGUGUCUUCAUAAAUGGUUGCAUGGAAAGAAGAAAGGCUUAACUACACAAGUCUUGCACUGGGAGACAAGGCUAAAAUUUGCCAUUGGAGCUGCACAAGGCCUCUGCUAUAUGCAUCACGAUUGCAGUCCACCAAUUGUUCAUCGAGAUAUCAAGUCUAGUAACAUAUUGGUGGACUCUAACUUCAAUGUCAAGAUUGCAGACUUUGGACUGGCAAAGAUGUUGGCGAGUGAAGGAGAUCCAGAAACAGCAUCUGCUGUUGUAGGAACCUUUGGUUACAUUGACCCCGAAUACGGCAGUACAAGAAAAGUGGAUGCGAAGAGCGACAUCUACAGCUUUGGCGUAGUACUCUUGGAAUUGACAACUGGAAGAGAAGCCGUGACUGGAAAUGAGGAUAUGAACCUGGCACAAUGGGCACACAAACACCAAAGAGAAGGAAACUCAGCGGCAGAUGCCCUCGACGAGGAGAUCAAGGACCCACGUUAUAUGGAGGCAAUGAUCACCGUUUUCAAAUCAGGCCUUGCGUGCACUUUGAGUUCCUCAUCAAGCAGGCCGUCGAUGAAAGAUAUUUCACAGAUUCUUCAAAGAUGCAGCGAAAACAAUCAUAUGUCCUCAGAGAGCUAAUAGACAAUAUAAUAUUUCCACUUUACUUUAGAAUGGAUUUGUCCCAUUACAAAUUCUUAGCAAUGGUUUGUUUAAAGUGACUAUUGUACUCACAGUGCAAUUAUGAAGGAUCCAUCAUAAUUCA